UGACCCCACUACCCGCCACUUUCCAAACCAUGGCGUCGACUCCCUGCUCCGAAACGCCGUCGUCUCCUUCUCGUUCUUCCUCAGAAGUAGCAUGGGGCACUAAGGUCUCAGACAAAGUGUUCGCACUCUACAACUCCCUCCCCAAGAAAGGCAAGCCUCAGGGCCGCGAAGUCACCGUCUUGGCCGCUUUCCUCCUCUCCUCCCCUUCUCAAGAGCUUGAAGUCGUCGUAUUGGGAACUGGGACCAAAUGCAUAGGGCGGUCACUGAGGAGUCCCCACGGCGACGUCGUCAACGAUUCCCACGCCGAGAUUGUAGCUCGAAGAUCUUUACUCAGGUUCUUCUAUGCACAGAUUCAAUGUCUUUCUCAAAUUUGUAGUAAGAAGAGUGAUGACGAUGAAAGCACGCAGAUUCAAAACUGUGAUGCUAAAAACUUGAUUUUUGAAUUGGACCCGGGUGGUGAUGGCGAAAGAAAAUACACAAUGAAGAAGGAUUGGAAUUUGCACUUGUACAUAUCGCAACUGCCAUGUGGGGUUGCUUCUCCGAGUUCACUAUUGUCUCCUCCAAAACAUACUGCACCGAGAGAACGGGGUUCAUCUUUGGACGAGCUUAAUAAUGUCAUCGCAGGAGAGGCUCCACCAAAGACUAAUGGUGAUGCUUCACAACUAAUUGGCUUGGUACAAAGAAAGCCUGGUCGCGGUGAUACAACAUUAUCAGUUAGUUGCUCUGACAAGAUAGCCCGCUGGAAUGUUGUUGGAGUUCAAGGAUCUUUGCUUUCAUUCUUUCUGCAACCUGUAUACCUUUCUUCGGUCACUGUUGGGCAAUCCCGAAACUAUAAAAUGGUUUCUGUGGUUGAUCAAUUGAAACAAGCGUUGCACGAUCGCGUUCAACCAUUAUCAAAUGAGCUGAUGAGUCCUUUCCAAGUGAACCAGCCAUUAAUAUGGGCAGCUCCAACACCACAAAAGGAAUUUCAGCAUUCUGAGACAGCUUUGACCACUUUAACAUGCGGGUAUUCGAUAUGUUGGAAUAAAUCUGGUCUGCAUGAAGUCAUUCUUGGAACCACCGGAAGAAAGCAAGGAACUGCUGCGAAAGGGGCACAUUAUCCAUCAACUGAGUCAUUAUUAUGCAAAAAGCGGCUGUUGGAAAUUUUCUUGUCUCUAAGACAUGAAUGCCCUAUCAAAAUCCCAGUGAAUGAGAUGUCUUAUCAAGAAAUCAAGGAAAGGGCACAGGAAUACAAUUUAACCUCAAAACUUCUAAAAACAAGACCUCCCUUUAGUAAUUGGCCAUUGAAACCCCCACAUUUUGAGGCAUUCGCUGCCAUGAUACAGUAAGGGGUUUCAGGAAUCAGGACAUCAGUGGUUAGAAAAUGACAGUUUCUGCACUCCAAUGGCAUAAUACCGAUGGAGUGGUUUGUGUUCGGACCAACAAAGGAGGAGUGAGGUCAUUGUGUCACCCCUCGUUGCACCUUUCUGCAUAUCUCUUCUUGAAAUAGCAAACUCGCAGUUAAUAUUUUGGUUCUAUUGCUUAUUACUGUGAAUUGUGUGAACGCUUCUGUCUGCAGCAGCUGUGCAGCCUUUUUCGCAAACAACUCUUUAGUGCCAAACUGGAUGAGAGUUUGAUCCUCUGAUUUUUUAUAACUGAUCUUCUUGUUGACUAGAAAACUCCUGGAAGUGUUAGAAUGGCUAUUUGAACGGGCAUGAAUAUUAGCAGAACUUAAGAGCUGGAAGUGUAUGUUAUGCCGAAGGCCCGAAGAGCUCUGAUCUGUAUUUUUUGCUGACAUGUCAAAACUACACGCCCAAGGCCGGCAAAGCUGUGAUUAAGGAACCGAAAUAUGAGUGCCUACUGCCUAAGGGGGGCCCAAAGAAGCUAGGAAUUUUGUAGGCUACGUACUUGUUACUCUUUAGAUUCACAAGUCAUAAAACCCCUUUGACUUACUUUUAAGUUCCACACGGCAAUUGUUGUGUUGGUGAGCCUAAUUUGCAUCCCCAGUCUGCACCUAGCGUGUACAUUUUGCAGAAGCUAGAAAACAAAUUUAGCAAUUUUGAUAACCAUUUUGUUUUUAGCGUUAUGUUUUUUAUUAUCCGUGAUAAAGAUAGAGGAAAGGAAUAUGAGGAAAAAUAUGAACAAGCGAAGGGUGAAGGGAGGGAGAAACGAAGGAUGAUGCAUGAGACAAAAACUUGCAUGUGAAAUUAAUUUAAAUAGUUUUCAGUUUGUU